UUUAGAUUAUUUAUUUUGUUUACAAUAAAUUGUUAAUUGGAAUAUAAAACAUAAAUCAAAUUCUUUAUGAAUUCAAAUGUGUUAUAGACAACAAUUAUUAAUACAGAAGUUGCUUUGAAUAUUUUGUGACAAGUCUACAAAUCUUCAACAAAAUUUUUGCAUUUUCUUCGAAAUCAUAAGCAGAGAAUUAGUGCAACUACAUUGCUAAGGCUUCAACAUGAAUUAUGGCCGUAAGACACCGUCCACGUAUCGUUCCAACCAUUCAGUGUACUCACACACAACCGGAAGGUCUUCAACGAAUCUACACUCGAUCAAAUCACGUUCUAUGCGUUCAGUGCUCGUGCCAUGGUACCAGCGCCCUAUAUUGAAGAACAACCAAUACAUAGACAUACAGAAAAAUUCAAUGCUUAUUGGCAUAUUUUCCAUUUUUCUUGCACUCUUCACAAUUGGCACUUCUAUUUUCGAUAUUUACUGCCUAGCCAUGGCAGCACCUGGAUCCACUCACUAUGGCUACUAUAUAAUCUCGUAUGAAUUUGUUUAUGUCGGCAAUAAGCAUGUGCGAAAUAUGCUGAUUGUGUUUGCCUUAUUCUCGCUUAUACUGGGAAUAGUCAUACUAUUUACCAGCAUUUUGCUUGUAAUUGCACUUAGAAAGGAGUAUGAGCGCAAGAUACUGCCAUGGUUGAAUACUUUUGCCAUUUUCACAAUCUGGCGUUCAUUGGCCCUCAUUUUCUUUGCCAUAGUCAACGAUUUGAUCUUCGCCUAUAAUAUUAUUAUGGUGCUGCUGUGGAGUAUCGCAUUGGUGGUUUGCUUCUACGGUUGGUGUGUAGUCUACUCAUUAUUCCUUGAGUUGACUAAUUUGACGAAAUUGGAAGAUUUGGCACAUUUGCGGAUGGGUACGAUGGCUUCUUUACACGCAUCGGCUGCCAAUUCCUUAGCUGGUUCGCGUCCUACAACACCACAUAGUACCGUCUCCACCAUGCCGGUGGGCUAACAGGCUAUUAAGCAAUGAUGCAUACUUUUUUUUAAUUUUUCGCAACUACGAACUAUGACUAUGUCAGUGAAAAUGUGUACCGUCCAAACUUAUUAGAUUUACUUUUACACCUACACAAAUACAAAUAAAUUUAUAGCGCAGUAUAUGAGGCGUAUCUACACAUUCCGUAUGUGUUAAAUUUUAAUAAUCAUCAAAACUUAACUAAGAGCUCGAAGUACUUGUAAAAACAUGCAUUCAGAACAUUGAACACAGUGCCUUAACAUUUCCACAUACAUAUAUUUUAUGUACAAUAAAAAAAAAUGAACUACUUUUAGAGUUCAACGAAGUUAAUUAGAAUGUAAGCCUAUAAAGUAAAAAUGUAACUCGUAGUCGACAUAUAUACAAUUGGCCUGUUGAUAUCUAAACCAAGUUUUUUACAACUUUCAAACAAAUAUUCAUUCCAUUGUUUUUUGUCGUGAAACAAAAAUUAUCAAUUGUAUUUGCACAGGUUGGUCCGUCCAUUUUCUUUUAAUUUAGCUUAAGCUCGAUUGUUUUGUAAGAUUUUAAUGUUAAUGUUUGCAAAUUUUAUAUCACAUUUUAUACGAAGGCAUGAUCAGAAAUGAACUGUAUAUGUAAUUAUCAUAAUUAAUAAAGAGAAGUUAAAAUAAACACCACAAAAAUAGUGGAAGUGUGG